CUCAGACCAGCUCUGUUGUUGAGCAGAUUGAAUGUAGGAAAAAUCUCUCCGCUCAGAUUCUUUAUAGAGAGAGUUCCCUGCCCCUUGAAGACUGGGACUCAGAGUUGGCAACUGAAAAUUACUUUUUGAAGUAUUCUGUAUAGGACCAAUUUUUCGUGAUUCUGCAGCUAAUCUGGUCGAUAAGUCUUGUCAAUUUCUUUCGUUGAGCAUAUCGGGUCCACGAUCGAUAUCACCAGAUACUGCACGAUGGAAGACAGCAAAUCCGAUAUCGAAGGACCGAUAGAGAAAGAGGUUGCGACAGCGAGCGAGCCUCAGUACCCUAGUCUCGCCAAAGCCAUCAUUGUCAUUCUUGCCCUCUACCUAGCCGUGUUUCUGGUAGCCCUAGACCAGACAAUCAUUGGCGUAGCGAUCCCUAAGAUCACCAACCAAUUUAAAAGUCUUGAAGAUAUUGCUUGGUAUGGCAGUGCAUACUUCCUGACAUCUACAGCAUUGCAGCCUUCCUACGGCAGAAUAUAUAAGAUCUUCAGCGUCAAAUGGGGCUUCCUGAUCGCCGUUCUGAUCUUCGAAAUUGGAUCACUCAUCUGCGCCGUUGCCCCUAGUAGCACUGUCUUGAUUGUUGGACGAGCUGUGGCAGGUAUCGGGGUGGCCGGUAUAUUCUCUGGAGCCCUGGUAAUCAUAUCAAUGACCGUUCCCCUCCCGAAGAGACCCUUGAUAUUCGGAAUGUUCGGUAUGGUAUGGGGCAUUGCCUCGAUUGCAGGACCGUUGCUUGGAGGAGCAUUUACCGAUGGCGUGUCAUGGAGGUGGUGCUUCUACAUAAACCUUCCGAUCGGCGGUCUUUCAAUUGCCGUUAUUAUUUUGUUCCUGCGAGUUCCCAGCAAGAGCGAAUUCUCAGGCACCCCCAUCUUGCAACGGAUCAAGCAGCUGGACCUUAUUGGCGCAAGCCUCCUCAUUCCGGCAAUUAUUUGCCUUCUACUAGCUCUGCAAUGGGGAGGGAAUAAGUACCCAUGGAGUAACUCGCGCAUCAUUGGGCUAUUCGUCGGCUUCGGCCUCAUGAUCAUCAUCUUCGCCUUCUCGCAGAUCAAACUUGGAGAUCGAGCCACACUCCCACCAGGUAUCCUCAAACGACGUUCUGUUCUGGCCGCAACCAUGUUUGCUCUCUUCUUCGGCGGUGCCUUUUUCCUCCUCGUUUACUACGUCCCGAUCUUCUUCCAGAGCGUGAAAGGAUCUUCCGCCAUGAAAUCGGGCAUCCAGCUUCUACCUCUGAUGUUGGCCACGGUCAUCUCCUCCGUACUGGUUGGGGCUUUCGUAACGAUCGCAGGCUACUAUACCCCCUUCCUCAUCGGCAGUACCGCGAUCGCCGCAAUUGGCACUGGACUCAUCACUCUAUACUCCGUCGAUAUCUCCACCGGAAAAUGGAUCGGCUACCAGAUCCUUGUGGGCGCGGGAGUCGGUGCCGGUUUCCAGAUUCCCAUGACGGCCGUGCAGACUGUUCUCCCAGUUGAGGAUCUUCCCGUCGGUACUGCGGCUGUCAUGUUCUUCCAGACGCUGGGAGGCGCGCUCUUUAUUGCCGUUGGCCAGUCGGUCUUUCAAAAUGGAUUGAUUGAUGGUAUUCGCCAUUAUGCCCCGUCUAUAAACCCGACCGACAUUGUCGGAGCUGGAGCGACGGAAAUGCGAAAUGUCCUCGAGAAGUUGGGGCAGCUGGAUCAGCUUGAUGCGGUUAUUAGGGCUUAUAUGAGUGGGCUUCGUGAUGCAUAUCGAGUCAGUCUGGCGCUUGUUCUUGUCUCGUUCGUGGCGAGCUGCUUCUUGGAGUGGAAGAGUGUGAAGAAGACCGGAGGGGAUAAUAAGAACGAGAUGGUGGUUCCGGCGCUGUGAAGGCGAUAUCUAUCGGUGACUGCUGAAAUGUUGAUUCUGUUCGAGAAAGUGCCUCAAGAGCUUCUCCAGAACUUGUGAAGUCCUGCAACGGUGUUGGAGUGCUUUAUGUUAUACACGGACGCAAAAGGUCAGCUAGACAUAUAUAAUAAUUAAUGUAU